AUGCAUCGUGUGUGGACCAUCCUCGAAGUCGUACAGCAUAUUGCCGAUUAUGUUGCUGAGAAUGGAGACCUCCACAGUAUGAUGUUGACAUUGCGCAUGUGCUUUGAUACCGCAGCGCCGCUCAUAUGGAGAUCGCUUGACGUCCAAAAAGUAGACGAACUGCUGAAGAUUCUGUAUGUGAACUGGGAGCAUAACGGCACUAGCAUCGUGCCAUCAAGUUUUGGACGAGUCACUCUAUAUGCGUCAUUCGCCCGAGCCAUUCACAUUGACGACCGAUUCACUGUCUACUGUGAAGAUCAAAGCAAGAUCGAUAUUGACUUCCCACGAUACCUCAGUAUUGCCAUCGAUCUCUUCUCGUCUAAUACAGAGCACUGGUUUCCGAACUUGCAGUCGCUUUCACUCGAUUGCGACCAGAAGAAGUUGCAGGCUUACAUCGCCAUUCUCACAAAAUGUAAUCGAUUCUGUGAGGAGUCGAGCGCAGGGCGAGCUGGGGCGCAGUUGACAGACGUGUCCGAGCUGCUGAAUUCUGGGGGGGGAAGAGACGAGAGGCCAAAAAAGAACCGUCCCGUGAGGAUAUAUACAAAGGCGAAGAGGGACGAGGACAGCUCAUUGGCAGAUACGAAUGCUUCUAAAAUGAGGCCGAGUGGGGUGGCACCGUUCUUCAUCCGCCUUAUCGCGCGCCUUAUUUGUAACAACGUACAGCAUUUGCUUAUCGACCCGCAGCUUAAAGAGAACGCGGAGAUGAUCGAAGCUCAUCUCGCAAAAUCUUCUACCGGUUGGUUCGCCUCUGCCCCGAACCCGACGUCUGCCGACUUCCUGAUGAUAUUCACCCUGGAGACGCUGGUUUCGCGAGGACCAGGGGUGGGACCGAAGAUCAAGGAGUACGUGGCGAGGGUACAUGAGAGGGAGGCGUGGAAGCGCGGAAUUGAGAAGGGUGGGAAGUAUACGGUGGCUUAA